AUGUCCGACACAAUCACUGCCCCGAAACACACGGCAGAGCACGUUGACAAGUGCACACAAUUGCUUCCGGAUGAACUCCCAUUGCCAGAUGAGAUUUCUCAUUUGACACAGGAUGAUCGGAAACGCCUCGAGCGUCAGCUAACGCGGCGGUUGGAUUUCACCAUGAUGCCGGUUGUCUUUAUACUGUUUCUUCUCAACAUUCUAGACCGCAACAACAUUGCUAGUGCCAAGAUUGUCGGCCUGACCGAUACUCUUGGAAUGACCAACGAGCAAUACAAUACAUGUCUGCUCAUGUUCUAUGUUGGAUAUUGCAUCACCCAAGUCCCAUCCAACAUGAUCAUCGGAAAGGUUCGACCCUCUUACUACAUUUGUCUCGUCACCUCGCUUUGGGGUGUGCUCUCGAUGAGUCAAGGAUUUACCAAGAACUUUAGCCAAUUGGCUGCUGUGAGAUUUCUUCUUGGACUCAUUGAAGCGCCUUUCCUGCCGGCCGUAUUUGUGUUGAUGAGCUGUUGGUACACUCGAGCCGAACUCCCGCCCCGAGUCGCGAUCCUCUAUGGUGGCAAUAUGAUGGCAACGGCAUUUUCGGGGCUUAUUGCUGCCGGUAUAACGUCUCGAAUGGAAGGGGCUGGAGGCAGACCAGCAUGGGAAUGGCUCUUUAUCAUUGAGGGCUCCAUGACUGUUGUCAUUGCCGUCCUGCUUCUGCCCCUAUUGACAGACUAUCCGCUUCAGAGCAAGCACAUGUUUAUUCCUAGAGACUUGCAGCUGAUUGCCGAAUGGCGCAUUCGCAGAGAGAAUGCCGGUAUUGCCGACGAGGAUGUCGAGUCCAUCUGGUGGGGACUCCAACAAGCCCUCAAAGACCCCAAGCUGUACAUGUUUGUCGUCAUGCAAAUGGCCCUCAUCACGGCUCAGUCUUUCAACAACUUCUUUCCUUCCAUUGUCGGCACCCUUGGCUUUGAUUCGACCAAGACACUACUCCUCACGUCUCCCCCUUACUUUUUUGCCUUCUUCGUCUCGCUCGCCGUAUCAUUCCAUGCAUCGCACAAGCAUGAGCGUGGUUACCACAUUGCCGUUCCCAUGGGCUUUGCUCUCCUAGGCAAUCUUCUUGCCAUGUUCGUGCCAACCAAUGGCGGCCGCUACUUCUCCAUGUUUCUCAUGACUGGAGGCGCCUAUGCCCCUUAUAACCUGUGUGUGAGCUGGGUCAGUGCGUCGCUGCCACGCCCACGGUCGAAGCGUGCUGCCGCCCUGGCCAUUGUGAAUUUCAUGUCUGCUGGAAUGGCCCACUGGUAUACUGCCUACAUGUUCCCCGACAGCCAAAAGCCGCGAUAUUAUGCCGGCGGCGGUGUCAUGUCCGGCGCUUGCGUGGUCUGCGGAGGCAUGGCGAUCUAUCUCAAGCAUUAUUUGAAGAAGCAGAACAAGAUACUAGAAGAAGAGGAGCAGCACGGCUCGGUCGGUCAGAGCCAAAUCACAGGUUCCAAGGCUGGACACGGGGGUGAAGCUGUUGUUGCGUUCAGAUACGUGCACUAA